ACAUUUAGGAAUUCUAACAUAUAAUCUGUUUAUUUACUUUAUUUACUGCUAACAAAAAGCUAGCAAAAUAAAAGAAGUACUAAUAGUGCCUAUUGUAAUUGUUAAAAAUGAAUUUAGAAGAAACCGAGACUACCACGACUGCUGCGACCACCACCACGGCGGGCCCCACCAUCGUGCCGAAAGACCCUGGGAUGUAUCUGCCGAUAUAUGUCAUGACCGGCAUCUAUGGGGCAGUGUUCAUUCUUGCUCCUUUAUUCGUUCGCAAAGGACCUAAUCGUGGGAUAAUAAGGUGUUGUAUAUGGAUGUCAACUUUCUCUUUAUGGAUGCUUUGGUUCACGGUGUAUGUGUCCCAAAUGAAUCCAUUAUUGGGGCCCCGCCUUAAAAACACCACUCUGGCUUGGAUAUCCCAUUCUUGGGGUAAGAGCUCCGAGGAGCCUUCCGAAGGCUCUACAGACACGACACUGGCACCCACUACUGAUGAUCAAUCAUAAUACUACCGGAAUAUAAAAAAUCUGAAUCAACAAGUUUUAGAAAAGUCAGUAAGGCCUAAGACACAGCUUAUAAGUGCUGCACUUUGAUAGACCUAAAAGGUACCUAU